UGUGGCUCAAGUGUAAAGUACUCUCAGUGGUUGCUAUGAAUUUGCUAUAGACAUGUAGCAAAGUAGAAGAGUCACAUAUAAAUUCAGUCCAUUUAUAUUCUGCAGUGUUAAAAACUUGUCCACAGAACUGAGAAAAAGACCGAGGCAAACCAGACAAAAGCUUCAGAUGAGCUCUAGAGCUUCCACUAAGACAGCAGUAGCAGUAACUACUGUUUGCUGCAUUCAGUGUUUGUGUUUUCUUUUUUUCUAAAUGCUAAUCAUGCAAGAUGGGUGGGAUCUUAAAGUGUCCCUAGUGGAAGUUGCCUUAAGGAAUUUUAAUGACCUUUAAUUGCUCCGCUGUUCCUCUCGGCCACAAUAUCCACAUCAAGACUGAGCAGGUCAGAGGAUCAUUUCUACAGACGGGACAACCAGGUAGGUCUCUAUGAUUCUCUUAGCAAAGCUGUAUUAACAAGAUGACUUGCUUUGGUAGAGAAAGAUUAACCCACUUCCAGGCCAGUCCCAAACAUGAUGGACUGAUAGAUUACUGUAGCGACAUUAAGGGUCAUUAAGCUGUCUCCACAACUUCCUCAAGAGAAACAACAAGGUUCUCCAUUUAGUCAAAGAGCAACUCUUUUACAGAUCAAGAACUGGUCAGAAUGGAAGUGAAGGUGUCUGUCAAAGGCAUCCCACGUGUUGUGUGUGGAGUUACUGAGGAGACAACGUGCCAAGACAUGGUACUAGUUUUGGCUCAAUCUCUUAGGCAGCCAGGACGCUACGCCUUGCAAGAGAAGUUCAAAGACUUUGAGCGGUGCAUGACCCCCGAUGAACGACUUCUGGAGACAUUGAAGAAAUACGGCGAGCAGGCCAAGGAGGUCCAGCUCAGUCUCCAACACGGUGGGGUCUCCGCUUGGGAUGAAAUGGGCAAAGUGAAAGUUGGCAGAUACCAGCCUUGUCCGCCACUGAGACGGAAAGACGUUGGGUCUAAAAUGCGGAGAGGCAGCGGUUCCCUAAGCUUGCACCGCCAAAGCUUGCCUCCAUUGACCUGUUUGAGAGAAGAGGCCGAGCAGAAAAAAGACGCCCUGAAGACGCCUAGAAGAAAGUCUCUGACUCUCAUGGAGGAAGCCUGGGAAUGGCUGGAAAGUCUUGGCAAAGGAAAGGUCUAUAAUACGACGUGUGACAAGCCAAGGAAGAAGAGGAUUGAUAAAAGGGGACGGGCCUCUUUGGAUUUGUCCCUUUUUGUCACAAAAGAACAUCAAGAUCAAAGCAGCAGAGGUACAGACAAAGGUCAGAAAAGUUCAAAAUCAGACUUCGACCAAACAUCCUGCUGCAUCAGUAAUCAGACCAAGCAGAAAAGCAGGCGCUCAAAGAACACCCAAGAGGUCAAAUCUAACUUGACCACCUCAAUCUGCGCAGCGGCAACCGAAGAUGAGAAAAAUCGUCUUAGAGACUCAAUUAUAUAUCAGCUGCUAUGCUUGCAGGAUUUACAAGUCCAGAUAACAAACACAGACAAACAGACUUUGGACCUCGAGCAGAAGCAGAAAGCCAAAAGAGCUGAAGAAGAAGUCCAGGAGAGGUUUGUGGCUGAGGAGAUGGAAUACAUCAAAUUUUGGGAGAAUGAACUGAAAGCUGAGGAGAGUUACGAGAAAGAUUUGCAGCGUCAGUUCCUCGAGAUGAGAGCCAAGGCUGCAGAUUGCAAAGCUAAACUGGAGGAGUACAGGCGCAAAAUGCAGGGCUUGGAUUUUUUUGGCAAUCUGAACAUUGCUCAAGAAGACCAGAGGGUUUUAGAAGCUCAUGAAAAAGUCACAACCAAGAUAUUCAACAGCUCAAAAAAGGAAGAAAAUCUGGAAGGAUCCAAGUCCAGUGUGGAAUUAAACGUCAACAGGAAGUUCCUGCCCAAAGAAGAGCACAGCACUCCUCAUGCUCUAGUUCCUCCAAAUCAGAUAAGAGAGCGGCGGCCCACGGGACCCACCGAGCUGAGGGAGUGGUGGAAGCGUUGGUCAGAAGCUCAAAAGGCUCAACUCCAGGAUGAAAGGAAGGUGAUCCACCGCUCUGAGCUCACCAUUUACCUGAGGAGUACCAGGGUUUAGGACCAGCUCACAACAAUCCAUACUCCUGUUUGCGACAUCACCAAGAGAUAGAGAUCUCCACCAGGACAUCUUCAAUGAACCAGUGACAUUAUUCUGCUUUCACUGCUACAAUAUUAUCCUUCACAUAACAGGUUCAUGUUUACACUCUAAAAGCUUUAUUUCAACUGCCAUUCUUCGUGCACCUGGAACUUUGUGCAUCACCAAACAUAACCGAUUCUCUAAUUUUACUUGUACUUUGUAUCCAGUACUUUCUGAAUCUGUUGGGUUACGGAUUAAAAGGAGUGAAUUUUAUAAAGAGCGCUUUCUUGAUAAUACAAGUGUGUAUUAAUAAGCCCCAGUUAAGGCUCAAAUGUACAAAAAAAUACAGUACAAUUUAAACUAUGUUCUCAGGUUAUCUUUGAUAUUAAAUCCUGUAUUAUGAAAUAUUUAAAAAUAAAAAUCAACUCUAAGAUAGCAAAUAUUCCAGAACUGUGAAAGUAUCUGAAAAUAAGUUUUUAUAUACUAAUUUUACAUUUAAUUUCAACCAUUUCCAAGUCUUAAUUUUCACAUUGCAUUGUGUAGAUUCUCAUUUCAUUUACAGCAAGUAUUUGCAUGGUAUGAAAAUAUUCUCCUGCGUAUAGCUUUUGGUUGCACGGGUCAUUCAGUCACCACAAGGUGGGGCUGCAGUGC